GGAAAAAACAACCAAUAGACUGAGCACAGUUUCAGGUUCCCUGUCGAUUUUCCAGACAACCUUAGGCUAGUACACGGACUGACACGUACCCAACGGUUUACGUGUGUUGAAUAUCUCAUUGGGGUAGGGACAAGGAGGGGAAAUUGUACUAUUAGGGUGACAUCCCUGUCCAAAUAGUAUAUAUAUAUUUUUUUGCAUAACCGAGUUGGAAGCAUGGAAGCAGGGGCGUGCGACAAUGCUAAUGCAGGUGCUCCUUUCAUUGAGCAGUCCUCAGGACAGGGAGACUUGUCUGGGAGCAGUGAUGAGGGAGAAGGCACCAUGGACAAGGAGACAGUACCAGCAGCAGAGGGGGCAGUGGAGACUGAGAGCAUGAUGAAACGGCUGUUUGGGUUUGAGAAGGAGGACCUGUCCUCCUGGCAUCGCUUGGUGUGUCUCCUAAACCGCCCCACUGACCCUGCUUCUCUGGGCAUUUUUCGCUUCCUGUUUGGCAUGAUAAUGGCUAUAGACAUUACACAGGAGCGAGGCCUUAGCCACCUGGACUACAAGUACCUGGAUGGGGCUCCCGUGUGCCGCUUCCCUCUCUUCAGCUUCCUGCAGCCGCUGCCUCUUGAUUAUAUGUACCUGGUCUAUGUAGUGAUGCUCUUUGGUGCUGUGGGAAUCAUGUUGGGCUGUUUCUACCGCCUUUCCUGUCUCAUGUUCAUAUCCACGUACUGGUACAUCUUCUUUUUGGACAAAACAGCAUGGAACAACCACUCUUACCUCUACGGACUCAUUGGCUUCCAGCUCACAUUCAUGGACGCCAACAGAUACUGGUCAAUAGAUGGAUUACGUAAUCCCCAAAAAAAGAAUUCCCAAGUGCCACUUUGGAACUACACUCUUCUGAGGUUUCAGAUUUUUAUAGUAUACUUCAUUGCUGGAAUCAAGAAACUGGAUGCAGACUGGGUAGAGGGAUAUUCCAUGUCAUACUUGGCACACCAUUGGCUUUUUGACCCUUUCAGGAUGAUUCUGCCUAAUGAAAUGGUGAGUCUGCUGGUGGUCCAUGGAGGUGGUCUUUGUCUGGACCUGUCUGCCGGCUAUCUGCUGUUUUUCGAUGCCACACGCCCUUUUGGCAUUUUCUUUGUCAGCUACUUCCACUGCAUGAACUCUCAACUCUUCAGCAUCGGUAUGUUUGCCUACACUAUGCUGGCCACGAGUCCUCUCUUCUGCUACCCCGACUGGCCCAGGCACUUUUUUGCCCGCUUCCCGGAGAUCCUCAGGCCCGUCCUGCCGCUCACGUCUCCGCCCCCACAGCCCAGCACCUCUUGUGUUUACCCAGUGACCCAGCACACAUCUACGGGACUACAGGACUUGUCCUCUGCGCCCAAGGCCUCCAAAACACGGUUUAAACACAAGCUGGCAACCCUGUUCACCAUUCUGUACCUGGCUGAACAGUUCUUCCUGCCUUACUCUCACUUCAUCACACAGGGCUAUAACAACUGGACCAAUGGCCUGUAUGGGUACUCCUGGGAUAUGAUGGUUCACUCCCGAUCCCACCAGCAUGUCAAGAUCACCUACAAAGAUGGAAAAACAGGAGAUGUCGGAUACCUCAACCCUGGGGUGUUCACUCAGAGUCGGCGGUGGAAAGACCAUGGGGACAUGCUGAAGCAGUACGCCACCUGCCUGAGCCACCACCUGCCUCACUACAACAUCUCUGAUCCAGAGAUUUACUUUGACAUCUGGGUGUCCAUCAAUGAACGCUUCCAACAACGUAUCUUUGACCCCCGUGUGAACAUUGUGAAGGCAGACUGGUCACCAUUCCGUCCAAAUCCCUGGCUCAUGCCUCUGCUGGUGGACCUCUCUCCCUGGAGGACCAAGUUCCAGGAGAUCGAGGGCUCGUUGGACAACCAGACAGAGAUAGUCUUCAUCGCAGACUUCCCAGGUCUCCUUCUAGAGAACUAUGUCAGUGAGGACCUGGGCAACACCAGUGUUCAGGUGCUGCAGGGCCAGCUGAAUGUUGAGAUAGUGGAUGAGAAGAAGAACUACACGCUUCAACCUGGAGAGCAGAAGCAGCUUCCUGCUGGGGCCUACCAUAAGGUGUACACAGUGUCUGAGGGGCCGUCCUGCUACAUGUACAUCUACGUCAACACCACAGAGGCAGCGCUACAGAGGAACUUCACUAAGCUGUUUGAACUGCAGGAGAGGGUCCGCAACGGAACAGAAACGGAACCCCUCCCUCCAGAGCUCCAGUCGCUCAUCACUGGAGAAAAUGAGGGGUCAGAAGCCAAUGUGAUGGAUCCUGUCGUUCAGCUAUUUCUACGGCGACAGCGGAGGAUGAAAGAAGUAAAGAAGCGCAGAGAAGCCAAUGUGUGCGAAAGGCUGAACCGGUUUACUGUGAAAAAGUACUACAUGUUGCGUCGAGCGUUCCUGAUGACAGCCAUUGCAAUGCGUAACCUGGCGGUGGGCCUCCCUCCUCUGGAGCAGCUGACCAGGGAAGUGGCCUUCGCAAACAUGAAGGAACCAGAGACUGAGGCCAGCCAGGACCUCAAGGAUGAAGUGGGCCACGAUGAGCUCUAGGAGUUAAUGGGGUGUUGGGCCACCACGAACCAGAACCGAUUCAAUGCACCUUGGCAUAGAUUCUACAAGCGUCUGGAACUCAUGUUGCGGAGGCUCCAUUCUUCGAGAAGUUGAUGGUGGUGGAAAACACUGUCUCUGGCACUGCUCCAGAAUCUUCAAGUGUUCAACUGGGUUGAGAUUGUGACUGAGAUGGCCAUGAAAUAUGGUUUCCAUAAAUGUCCUGCUCAUCAAACCAGUUGGUGAUCACUCAUAUCCUGUGGAUGGGGGCAUUGUCAUCCAUUCGGGGCAUAGCCACAGUAACCAAAAUAGCCUGCCCAGCAUUUUGAUACAUGGGAUAAUUUUUGCUUAAUUAACUCAGGAACCACACCUGUGUGAAAGCCCCUGCUUUCAAUAUACUUUGUAUCCCUCAUUUACUCAAGUUUCCAUUAUUUUGGCUCUUACCUGUUGCUUUACUUUCAGGCCAAAUGAUGAACAUUGUUAAACAUUUGCAUUCCAAAAUGCAGUUGGUACUUUUCAAAUAAAGAGCCUGAACAUUAAAUAAAUAGCAUUUUCAGU